CUGAAAGGAUGUCUGGAGAUAUGGACAAGCCUUUAAUUUCCCAUCAGCUUUUGCAGAGCAACCCCAACCUCACAGAGAUUCCCAGCCAGAACCAGACUGUGGGCAUCCUGGGCAGUGGGGACUUUGCCCGUUCUCUAGCCACACGCCUGGUGGGCUCAGGCUUUGGGGUCUUGGUUGGGAGCCGCAACCCCAAAAGAACAGCAGGAUUGUUCCCUGCUGCAGCCCAAGUAACCUUCCAGGCAGAGGCUGUGAGCACACCUGAAAUCAUCUUUGUGGCCAUGUACCGGGAGCACUACUCCACCCUCUGUGGCUUGAGUGACCUGCUGGCAGGCAAGAUCCUCGUGGAUGUGAGCAACAGCACCGAGCAGGAGCACCUCCAGCAACGGUACUCCAACGCUGAGCACCUUGCCUCUCUCUUCCCUACCUGCACAGUUGUCAAGGCCUUCAAUGUCAUCUCUGCCUGGACCCUGCAGGCAGGCCCAAGAGAUGGAAACAAACAGGUGCUAAUCUCCGGAGAUCAGCAGGAAGCCAAGCGCAAGGUCUCAGAAAUAGCCCGAGCCAUGGGCUUCAGCCCGGUAGACAUGGGGUCCCUGGUGUCUGCCAGGGAGAUCGAGGCGAUCCCCCUGAGGCUCCUCCCCGAGUGGAAGAUUCCCGCCAUCUUGGCCCUGGGCCUCUUCAUCUGCUUCUACACCUACAACUUCAUCCGGGAUGUGUUACAUCCGUAUAUCCAAGAGCACAAGAACCGCUUCUAUAAACUGCCCGUCUCUGUGGUCAACACCACGUUGCCGUGCGUGGCCUACGUCAUGUUGUCCCUGGUGUACCUGCCGGGCGUGCUGGCCGCCGUCCUGCAGCUGCACCGGGGCACCAAGUACCGCCGCUUUCCCGAUUGGCUUGACCACUGGCUCCAGCACCGCAAGCAGAUUGGCCUCAUCAGUUUCUUCUGCGCCUCUCUGCAUGCCGUCUACAGCUUCUGCCUGCCCCUGCGCCGUUCUCAUCGCUACCAGAUUAUCAAUGACGCCGUCAAGCAGGUCUUGGCAAACAAGAGCAAUAUAUGGAAUGAAGAGGAAGUCUGGAGACUGGAGAUUUACGUCUCCCUGGGAAUCCUGGCCCUAGGCAUUCUGUCAUUGCUGGCCAUCACCUCACUGCCUUCUAUUUCGAACUCUCUCAACUGGAGGGAGUUCAGUUUUGUUCAGUCCACCCUUGGCUUCCUGGCCCUCGUGGUGACCACCUUUCACACGCUCACCUAUGGCUGGACAAGGGCCUUUGAGGAGAGCCGCUACAAGUUCUACUUGCCUCCCACCUUCACACUCACACUACUGGUGCCGUGUGUGGUUAUCCUGGCCAAAGGGCUGUUUCUGUUGCCCUGUUUUCGCCGUCGACUGGCAAGGAUCAGAAGAGGUUGGGAAAAGGAGACCACGGUCAAGUUUCUGUUGCCUACUGACUACCCUCACACUGAAAAAACAAGCCACGUGUAAAUCAUGUGUUCUCUUUGGGACAUA